AUGACGACCCGCGCCCACGUCCCGGAAAGCUUCGUCACGACCUGUCUGUCACUGCACAUGGACAAUUUCACACCAGCACCCAACUCCUGCCAACGACCACUUCGCCCCCGCAAGCAGUCAGCCAUUCACAAGCCGGCUCCAUUGCUGAGCCCAGAUGGCAUCUCUGACAACGCUCGCAUCCUUGCUGCUCUGGAGGCAGGGGAGGACCCGUUUGCGUGCGGCUUUGAUUUCGAUGAAGGCCAUCCCCAGGAAAAGCGGGCGCCUCGUGCGUCGGACCGUCCGCUUCAGCUUUGGUUCGACAACGACGUGCAAGAUUAUCUCGAUGAAUUCAUUCGAUUAGAAGGAGACGCUUCCAGCAUCUCUGAAUGUGUCGUUUGUGGCCAGGACGAGGCUAUGCUCCGUUGUCGGGACUGCUUGUUGGAUGGUCGGUUUUGCAAGAGUUGCAUUGUGGAGUACCAUGCGGACCUGCCCUUCCAUCGUCCCGAGCGUUGGCAGGGCUCAUUCUUCGAGCUUUGUACCCUCAAAUCUCUUGGUCUACGGCUUCAAUUAGGCCACCCACAUGGCGAGCAGUGCCCAGGAACACUCGCUCGCCUUUCGCUGGCCAGCGACGGGCAGCAGACUUACGAAACUUUCUGUGUCGUUGAAUGCAACGGAGUGCACGAAAUCGCCAUCAAUUUCUGCACCUGUCCGUCUGCUCCAAAGCGAGCUAUUCAGCUUUUGCGACGGCGUUUGUUCCCAGCAACAUCGACACGGCCUUUGACUGCUGCGACAUUCUCGGCUUUACGCCUCUUCCACAUCCUUUCCUUCGAAGCCAAAUGCUCGGCUUACGAAUUCUAUAACACCCUGGCGCGCUUAACGAACAACAAUGGUAUAUUUCAGCCUCGCGACCGAUACCGCGAGUUUGUAACUAUGUCCCGCGAGUGGCGAUUCGUGCAGAUGCUCAAACGCGCUGGACGUGGCCAUGAAGACAACGCUACACGCAAUGUCCCAGCAGGCUCCUGCGCUCUGCUUUGUCCAGCCUGCCCGCAGCCCGGCAAAAAUCUCCCGGAGGACAACAGUUGGCAAAGUGUUCCUCGCCAUCAGCGCUUCAAAUACUCGUUGUUCUUGGCUAUCGACGCCAACUUCAAAAUGAAGCGGAAGCAGGUUUCGACUGAGAGCGUCGACCCAGGUCUUAACGCUGGGUCCGCUUUCUUUAGCGAUGUUCCAACGUACAUGGAGCAUGUACGCGCCCACUGGAGCCUCGAACAGGAGAAGAGCACCUGCGUCUCUCAUGAUGCUGUCAACGAGCCUGACCGGGAAUCGCGCGGGGGACAGCCUCAUCUGGGAUUGGCACCGUCGACUAAAGGAGAGCGCUACAUUAACAUGGAUUAUAUGCUUUGGAAGAGCUUGAGCCUUCCGAGUUAUUCGAACCUGGUGGAUAUCAUCGUUUCCUACGACAUCCUCAGCCAUAGUGCCUCAUCGUCGCUACGUCUUCCUCAUUCCAAAAUUCCACCUCCCCGCGCACACAUUGAGCGCUGCAAUAUCGAAUAUUCAUUCGACCUCACACCGUACAUGGGCCGAACCGACGGCGAAGCUCCGGAACGUGGCUGGGCUAAUGCUAAUCCACUUGCAUCCAGUACAAGGGAAAUGGGACCCGGCGCCCGACGCGAUACCAUAGACGACCACUUCAACGACUGGAACCACAAGAAGAUCGUUGGGCUGGGAAAAGCGCUUCUGGAGAAGAUCAAGACGGCAGUCGCCGAGAUGGUGGAGACGCGGGCGGAGUUGCUGGAGGUGGAGAGCGCGCUGCCACGAGAGGUCAUCCAGCGCUGGACUGAGGUCAUGGCAAAAUGGGAAGAUGAUUCUCGUGAAAUGAAUCCAUUCAACGUUACGUCAAAAGUUGAGAGCCUACAAGAGAUUCGCGCUCGCUUGAAAAACCCUCUCCCCACUACUCUCGACACCAUCCCUCCUUCAUUCGACACCUCCCGCGAUAUACAUGGGGACCUCCAUGCGGCCGACAUGAUUGCGAUGGCGUUGGACUCUGCGAUCUCGGAGCGGGAAGCAAAGCUACAGCGCAAAAUCAUUAGCUGGUUCGACAUCCAAAGGGACUUCGCACCUGAAGUCACGGCUUUGAGAGCCACUGACGAGGCUAUUCAAGCCAAUAGCGGAGGCGUCGACUCCAUCCCAGGCGCCCCCCUCUAUCGGCUCCAGCUUCUCCUCCCUUCAACGCUCAUCGCUCGCUCCACCACUCUCCAUCAUCCCAGCCAUGCCUGGUACGAAUUCCAGCUCCGAAAGGGGCGUUGUCUCCAUCUUCUCGAAGAGUUGCGGCGGCUUUUACUCGUGCGGACGCAAAAGUAUAAAGCAAAGGACAAGCACACGAGUGGUGUCGCAGGUCAUACUCGCGCGGCCAAGGCUAUCCAAGCUGUCGACGAGCGAAUCCGGCGGGUGGCCGACGACUAUCGCCAAACACGAGCCGCUCUCUUGAGCUUGCAUGUCAUCGUUGGAGACUCUAGUUGGCGGUCAGUUCUGAAGGAGCUCAAGGCUGCGGACGUACGCGCAAUGCCACGAGCCCUAUUCUCAGACCCGGACCGUGAUCGACGCAAAAGAAGGCGGGACGACGAUGAUACUCCCAAGGAGAUGUCGUGGAUAUGGCGCAUGGGUGUAGGAUCGCUACCAGCGGACGUGGCGAUCGAUUCGCUGAGCACACGGGCGGCCUACAGCGAAGAAGCGGCCCUUGCGGCGACUAACGAGAGUCUGCGGGUCGAAUGGGCGAAGACUCGUGCUCGAGCAAAGCGUUGGGCAGAGGAGGUCGAGUUAUUGGAGGAGGAAAUGCGGAGAGUCCUCCAGUUUUGUGCGUGGAAGGCGAAUUGGUGGAGGGAGCGAAGAGAUCGUCGGCAAGGUCUGCCCGAUGCGAUCAUGUCGGGGCUUCGGGCUUAUGCCUACCGCCAAGCCCAUAUCCAAGAAAGUCGGCAUGCACAAUUUUUCCGAAAUUGGCAGGAUGUCCCGUCGUUCAUCCAACUUGGCCUUGACCAGCUUCAAGCAAUGCACACUGACGCGUUGGAUGAAGGGGGCGCAUAUGAGAAGUCCAUCUCACUGGUUGCCGAUGACGAUGCGGCGUUUAUGGCCGUGCCCGAGUCGCCCGAGCACAUUCCAAGUACCGAUUAG